AUGGUUAUUGCUCUUGGUCGAACAACGCCAAAAUUUAGAAAGAAAAUGAUUCAACAUGCUCCAAAAGAAGUCAUUAAUUGUGUGUCUGAGUGUUGCUACAAUGUUUUAAAAGGAAAUGUAUCUCUAUCAGAGGCUCAAAAGCGAUCCAAUCCAAGAGGAUGGCAAGAAUUUUCUCGAGGUCUGAGAGAAUCUAAUGUCCCUCAGGAAUAUGUUGGCAACAGACAGCGUUGGUUAUGGAUGCAGAGAGACGGUUCCGAGGAUGAAGAUGAUGGGGAUGAAUAUUUUGAAACCAGUUCCUACUUACCAGCAACACCACCUCCUCAAAACAAGAGCAAUGCAGACAACUACCCUUACAGAGCAUACAUCGAAAACCUCCUGCCUUACAACAAGGAAUGUAAAGACACACAAAUGCAGGCUCUUGAACUCUGGUCGAAAGACAGUUACCUUCACAUGCAGGAUAACACAGCGGCUGGAAGUAAUGAGAGUUGGAAAUUUCGAAAAAAAAAACCCGUAUCACUACAAGCAACACAUGAACUCAUCGGAAGAUUACAUCUUGACUUAUUCCUACGGGAGAAAUACCUCCCCAAUGGAAUUGAAAUACCUCUCAAAUUAAACAGGAGUCCUACCGCCUUUUGUCUCAUGGGUACCGCCGACGGAAAAGUUGAUAUUCAACAAGUGGGAUUCAACGUGAGAACAGUGGAUUUACUUCCUGUAGUGGCAAAUGACUUAAAUAAAAACAUUGCACAGCAUAACAUGAAGAUUCCGAUACGUCGCGCAGUAGUGAAAACAUUCACAAUCCCUGACGGACUGAGAUCCAAAAUUGAUGAUCACCUGUUUCUAGGUCAACUUCCAAAACGAAUCAUUAUAGGCAUGGUGAAAAAUUCAGAUAUGAACGGUGAUGAGAGGACCAACCCAUUUGAUUUCCAACAUUUCAGCCUGUCUAAAUUUGAAGUAAGCAUUGAUGGGAAAACCAUUCACAACAAACCAUACACACCAGACAAUGGAGAAUAUCUACGAUCCUACAUGUCUCUCUACCAAGCUACAGGAGCGUUGGGAGCGAAUCGUUCCAUUGACCUUUCCAUGGCAGAAUACAAAAAAGGAUACACAUUUUGGGGAUUUGACCUAACGGCAGACCAAGGUAGUGAAGGACAGCUUCACCCUAUAAAAACAGGAAACAUGAGGAGAGACAUUCAGUUUGGAGAAGCGCUUCCUGCAAUCAUCAACGUUAUAGUGUAUGCAGAAUUUGACAAUCAAAUUGAAAUCAACGAGCUCAGAGAAAUUAUUACAGAUUAUUAA